GCUACAUGUCGGUUUCGUCUUAAACAACAGAGCUCUGAGAUGGAAGGCCAGAGUGAAGUCUGAAAAGAACAACACCUUUCUUUUCACAAAACCUAUUGACGGUGGUGGAUCCAAAAUGCCACCAAAACUCCCACCAGCACUCCCAUACUUGAUCCUCCUCUCCUUCCUCUUCUUCUACAUCUACUCCACUUCUCUCGUCCCUCACUCCACCACCACCACCACCACCACCACAACAACAACAACAACAACAAAAACAAAAACAAAAACAACUUCCUGUAAUCUCUUCAAAGGCAACUGGGUCCUAGACCGCACCAAAUCCACAAAACCUCUUUACGAUGAGUCCUGCCCAUUUCACAGAAAUGCAUGGAAUUGCCUUAGAAACCAGAGAGAAAACAUGGGUUUGAUUAAUUCUUGGAGAUGGGUACCUAAAGAUUGUGAGUUGCCAAAGAUUGAUCCUGAGAGGUUUCUUGAGUUGAUGAGGAAUAGGAAUAUCGGAUUGGUUGGAGAUUCUUUGAAUGAGAAUUUUUUGGUUUCUUUCUUGUGUAUUCUUAGAGUUGCUGAUGGCAGUGCUAAGAAGUGGAAAAGGAAAGGAGCUUGGAGAGGUGCUUAUUUCCCUAAGUUCAAUGUCACCGUUGCUUAUCACCGGGCUGUUUUGCUUUCCAAAUAUGAGUGGCAGCCAAAACAGCCUACUGUGAAUGAUGGACGGAAGGGAAUGUAUCGUGUAGAUGUUGAUAUACCUGCAGAAGAUUGGGCCACCAUAACCGACUACUAUGAUGUUCUCAUCUUUAAUACUGGUCAUUGGUGGGGUUAUGACAAAUUCCCAAAAGAGACGCCUCUUGUUUUCUAUCGUGCUGGGCAACCAAUACUUCCUCCCCUUGAAUUGUUUGAAGGACUUAAAGUUGUUCUUGAGAGUAUGGUCUCGUACAUUGAAAGAGAAGUUCCUCGCAAGACACUCAAGUUUUGGCGGUUGCAAUCGCCACGCCAUUUUUAUGGUGGUGAGUGGAAUCAAAAUGGCAGUUGCUUGCUUAAUGAGCCCCUUAAGGAACAUGAGCUGGACUUGUGGUUUGACCCCAGCAACAAUGGAGUGAAUAAAGAGGCAAGAAAGAUAAAUCAUGUGAUUGAAGAGACGCUGCAAGGUACAGAUAUCCAAUUGCUGGAUCUUACUCAUUUGAGUGAGUUUAGGGCAGAUGCCCACCCAGCGAUUUGGUUAGGAAAGAAGGAUGCUGUGGCAAUAUGGGGUCAGGACUGCAUGCAUUGGUGCCUACCUGGUGUCCCGGACACAUGGGUUGAUAUCUUGUCAGGGCUGAUUCACAGUAGCUUGUAGAUGGGGUGGUGAACCGUGAGGAGGAUAUUGUAAAAUCUCUAAUUUCCUUGUGCAAAUAUUUAUAUGACACACUUAAGCUGAGUUGCUGCUGCACUUUCAUGGAGACCAGGUUGUUAGAAUCUGUUUAUCGGCAUGCCAGGCUAAAGACGAGUCUUGAUGGAGAUAUAUGCUGAUGGACAAAGGUUGCUGCUCUAUUCUUUCUCGGAAGUUUUGAACGGAAAUGAAUUGAUUCAUGUUGUAAAAGAGAAGGAGAAAGAUGAAGGAAGAAGAGAGAAAUCAUAGGAAAUUCUUUUUGCAGGUGGGGAAGGUGGUUCUGAGGCUUACUUAAUAUGGCAUCAUGCUUUCACUAGAUCUAACAUGUUUUUAAUUUAGAAAGUCAUCUUUAUGCCAUUAUUCAUUUCUUUUCUUUUUUAUCCAAUUCAUUUUAUUCCUUUA